AUCCCUUUGAAGCGUUCGCUUUCGACAGCUGUAUUACCGUAUGAAAAAAUUCAUGUACCUGUUCUAUUGCAAGAGGUUCUGAGUGCUUUGUCGCCAAAAGAAGGAGGGAUCUACUGCGACAUGACGUUUGGCGAUGGAGGGUACACCCAAUCGCUGUUAGAUGCGUGUCACUGUAAAGUAGUUGCAAUAGACCAAGACCCCGUUGCUUACACAAAAGCUCUAAAGCUGGCAGAGAUGGAGCCUUACAAAAACAGGUUAUUUCCUAUCCUGGGGAAGUUUAGCACAGUAAAGCAGGAGAUGCAAAGCAAGUUUCCAGACUGGCAUAUCCCAUGCUUCGAUGGUAUGGUGAUGGAUAUUGGUGUAUCCAGUGGACAAAUUCAAACGCCAGAAAGAGGGUUUUCAUACAAGCUAGACGGGCCCUUGGACAUGCGUAUGUCGUCUCGUGGAACAGCCUCUCAUGACAAGGAUGGCAUGACGUACGAGAAAGAGAGCGAGCUGUUGAAAAAGUCCAUCACCGCGUAUGAGAUUGUCAACUUUUUCCAUCAAGAUCACAUUGCUGAUAUCAUAUACCAAUAUGGGCAAGACCGUCUGUCACGGCGAAUUGCUGCUGCCAUAGUGGAAGCCAGGCAAAAGGCGCCUAUCGAAACAACAAGGCAGUUAGCGACCCUUAUUCAUAAGGCAUGUCCACAGCCUGGCUGGCUUCGAGGCGAAGAUGACGUGGUGCGUAAUUCAGCAGCUCGUACUUUCCAAGCAUUCAGGAUUUUCAUCAAUAACGAGCUAGAUGAGCUCAAGAAGGGCUUGAGCGCCAGU